UUGUCUCCACCACCUUGGUUUCCGUCAACAGAGCUGCAGAGCUCCAACUCCUCUCUCUCUCUCUCGAUCAAUUUUCGAAGUCCGUGAAGAGUGAAGAAAAUGCCGAACCCCUUUGGAAUUUAGUGGAUUUUUCAAUUAGCAUCGAAAUUUGAAGCUCACCACCACCAUUUCCUCAUCGACUCCUCCAUUUUUCCCUCUCUGCUCCCUUUGAAUUCCAAAUGCAUUUAUGUGCUAAAUGCUAAUUCUUCUCCAUUAACCAACGCAUUAUUAAAACUGGGUCUUUUCUGUUUCUUGUCGCCUACCAUUCAAGAAACUCAAAUGCCCCAUUUCUCCAUCGUUGAAGCGAUACAAAAUGAAUAAAAAUCCAAUCUUGGCAAUGCGGGUUGUGUGCUUUCUUUCUUAAUUUUUCUGGGUUUUGAGGGAUAGUAUUUCUGCAAUGGGGAGGCCGACCUUCGGUGAAGUGGCGGCGCCGGCGCCGACGGCGGCGGUGAGCGGCGGAGUGGAGAGGGAGGAUCAGUGGAGGAGCUUUGACAACUCUGUGAAUGCGGUGUCGUUUGGGUUCGUUGCCACUGCUAUUCUCAUUUCCAUGUUUCUUGUGAUGGCUAUUUUUGAGAGGUUUCUCCGCCCAAGAUCGUCGGAAGCCGCCGCGGGCGGCGGCAGAGACCUUGAUGGAGGUGUAAAUUUGAGAAAGAUGGACUAUCCUUCUCCAAAGAUGACUGUAUAUUUAAAGGGAGUGUCAGUGUUGAUGCCAGGUGAAAGGAUGCCUACUUUCAUCGCUCACCCGGCACCUGCCCCUGCACCAUGCCCUCCCGAACGCAUCUCCCGGCCUGCCUAUACGUCGUUGUAGAAUGUUCCCGAGGCCGGCCUUGAGAUUUGUGAUGAAUAAUUAAGUGAAAGAAGUGUUUUUUGAGGAUUUGAUAGCAUAGGUUAUGGAUGUUCUUGUUUAUUGUAUAGUUUGUAUCUCGAUUUGAAUCAUCCUUGAAAUGGUUUCUUGGUUUUUUACCA